AUGGCCAACUUCAACGACCUGCCAGCAGACAUCCAGGGCGCAAUCUACUACCACGCCCUCAAGGCCAUAUACCUCCCGCAGUACUGCCCGGCAGUACUGCCAAAGUACACAGAUAAGUGCCAGCGGCUCGUGGCCAUCCGCAACCUCUUCAAGGCGCACCCGAACACGGGCAAGAGGUUCUGCUCGAAGGCGAGGGCGUUGGUCCUGCGGGAUUGA